AUGCACUGCCGCCUUCAGUUAUACUACAAGUGCAUUAGAAAGCUUAAAUUCUUGUUUCAAUCAAAAAUAGAAGUUCCACUCGCUUGUUUUUUGCGUAAGUGGGUGGCGGGCCGAGCGCACGGCGGUGAGAUCCGGAGUCCACUACUUCGAGCCGGACCUGAGCCUUUUCGCUGGUGGUGCGCAGGUCGGUGCGCGGCGGCCGAAAGCGCGGAGAAACCGAAAGGCGGACGCGCCGCUCCCCGCUGCUUUGCUCAGGCCGUGGGAAGCUGUACCUCGCCCGUAGACUAUGGUGACCUAUACCCUCCUGUGGAGGAGCCAGUUGCCACCGCUGAUCCCAAAGCAAGCAAGAAAAAAGAUAAGGACAAAGAGAAAAAGUUUGUUUGGAACCAUGGAAUCACUCUACCUCUAAAAAAUGUCAGAAAGAGGAGGUUCCGGAAGACAGCAAAGAAGAAGUAUAUUGAGUCUCCCGAUGUGGAAAAAGAAGUGAAGCGGUUGCUGAGUACCGAUGCUGAAGCUGUCAGCACUCGUUGGGAGAUAAUUGCUGAAGAUGAAACAAAGGAGACCGAAAAUCAAGGCCUCGAUAUCUCCUCUCCAGGAAUGUCUGGCCACAGGCAGGGCCACGACUCAUUAGAACAUGAUGAGCUUCGAGAGAUAUUCAAUGACCUCAGCAGCAGCAGUGAAGAUGAGGAAGAUGUCAACAUCAUUGAUACUGAGGAAGAUCUGGAGAGGCAGCUACAAGACAAGCUCAAUGAGUCAGAUGAACAGCACCAAGAAAAUGAAGGAACCAACCAGUUGGUUAUGGGAAUUCAGAAACAGAUUGAUAAUGUGAAGGGCAAGCUCCAGGAGACCCAGGACAGGGCAAAGCGCCAGGAGGACCUCAUCAGAAAAGUCGAAAACUUGGCUCUCAAGAACAGGUUUCAAGCUGUUCUGGAUGAACUGAAACAAAAGGAAGACAGGGAGAAAGAGCAGCUUAGUUCUUUGCAGGAGGAACUAGAAUCACUCCUAGAGAAGUGAGAAUGUUGAUUUUCAUUCUUCGACUGGUUAGCUUGAGAAAAUUUUUAUUUUCAUAAUACGAUCUGAAAAUUAUUCUCUAUUAUGUUAGGAGUUUUGUUGAAUUUUGUUGGUUGUUUUUGGAACUGUUGCCAAGGUUUUCAUUCUUAGGAAGUAGGGUUACAUAGGCAGGUGUAGGGAAGUUCUAAGAUUAGGGAAUAGUUGAACUUUAAUCAUUCACCAUAGGACUUUAUUACGUUUGUCUCUUUUCCAGAAGUUUUUAUUCCUAUUCUGUGGUGCUAAGAUCAGUAAGAAACUAGCCUACAGGCAGUGAAGUUAAUUUUAUUUUUUUAAUGUAUGUUUACAGUAGCUAUCUUACUAGCUACCCAGCAAGUUUUCAUGUAUAGAAAUGUAAGUUUUUGCACAAGUUGUUUCUUGCACAAUAAAAGUUACCAGUUUUUGCAUUAAA